UGUUAAAAAUUUAAUAUCAAGUACUGUACAACAAAACCCCACAUUAUGGAAGCUUUUCGGAGUCUCAUGUCUUUUUUAAUGACUCCUGUGUGUUAUGAGACCCUUUUUACUGACUUCAAUUUUCUCGACGUACCAUGUCUGAAAGCAGUGAUCAGCAAAUGCUUAGGAUAUGGUAUUAUCAUGGGAGCAGUUCUUGUAAAAGUACCUCAAAUUCAAAAGUUGGUGAAGUCAUCAAGUGCGGUGGGAAUGAGUUUUUCUUCUGUACUGUUGGAAUUGUAUGCAAUCACUUCCAUGUGUGCUUACAGCAUUGCUAGAAGUUUUCCAUUCAGUGCAUGGGGUGAUUCAUUCUUUUUGCUCAUCCAAGUCACAAUUAUAGCCUGCUUGGUACAAUACUACCGAGGUAAACCUCAAUUGGCCAUCGUCUUCCUUGUAAUUUACUCCGUCAUACUGUUCGUAUUGGUAUCUGGUAUCACUCCCACAAAUGUUCUUGCAGCGCUUCAAGCAAGCAACAUGCCUGCCAUAGUUAUAGCAAAGAUGAUUCAGGCAGCUGAAAGCAUUAAAAAUGGACACACUGGACAGCUGUCGGCUAUAACUGUUUUCCUGACUUUCAUUGGUUCAACUGCCAGAAUUUUCACUUCAAUACAAGAGACUGGAGACAACAUUGUUAUUCUUACAUAUAUAGUUUCUACAAUCGCAAAUGCAGUAAUAUCUUUUCAAAUCAUUUAUUACUGGACAGCCACUGAAGAAUAUGUUAAAAAUUCUAUGAAAAAGCAGCAAUAAAGACGAAGGAUGGCUGAAAAAACUUCCAAUUUUUAUUAGUAGACCAAUCGGGUGCAGAUGAAAUAACACUCUCUUAUACAUGGACUGUUGUAGUUAUUUUAGAAGAGAUAAUAUUUUAUUGCGCAAUGUUUUCGAAGUAUUUAAAGGCAUAAUGUUUUUAUUUAUUCAUUUUUUCCAUUCGGUCAAAAUCUUACCCUGCAUAUUGUUUUUGCAUGCAAUGUGGUACAUCACAUAAUGCUAUAAUAAAUAAAAACAAACUUGUUUGCGAUGAUAACCAAAUGGGUUUUAGAAUUUUUUGGCAUCUGAUCAAAAUUAUGCAUCAAAGUUGUUGUAUUUUUAACUGAACCAAUUUCUUUUAUGAAGCAAUAUUUGUAUUUGUUAUUGCACACGUCAUAUUCCAUUUCCUGCAUCAAGCAAAGCAGUAAAUUAGAAUGUUUUCCUUCAAGUAUUUUAGCAAGUAUUCAUGCAUGUUUUCAAUAAUUUUAGACAAGAGUGCUAUGUAAAAUUUUAUUUGUGUGCCCUUUUCAAUAGAAGUCUGACAAGAUUGUUUUUUUCCAUUUGGUAUUGAAUCUCGUACCUGAUGAGUAAAUUAGAAUGCUGUUAUUCAACAAAACUGCAAAAAAAGUGCUAUUUUUAUUGAACAAUAAGACUAAUUUUGCCAGUAAUGCUUCUUGUACAAAUACUAGUUGCUUUGAAAUCGAGAAGAAUGAAAUUGACAAAUAUUGAAAUUGAACACCAAGUACUUCAACAAUCGAUAGCCAAUGUAGCAACAAGAUAUCUCGCUAUUUGUUGAAUAUUUUGUAUUUAAAUCGGAUUCAUUUUUGCUUUUUUAACAAAAUUUGAACAAAAUCAUUUUAGAGUACUAUGUAGUACUUGUAAGCUUUGUACUAUGCAUUAUCUGCUUAUUACAACAUGUGAUUUGAAUUAAAUUGUUUUCUCAG